CUGGCUGCUUGCAAGUGUUGCUUCAAUGUGAUUGGUUUUGCUUUGUAGAUGCUACUUUUAAAAUCUUAGCUUUGAUUUUUCUCGUAAUUUUUGGUAUUCUAUUUUCUGGUUUUAUUUAUCAUUAUAAUUGUAAUUUAUUGUGUACAAAAAUGUCAUUAACAGCAGGAGAUAAAGUUGCGGAAAUAUUCAAGUUUGCUGGACAAGCGUUUAUCAAAUUGGGCGAGUUAACUAGUUCAUUUGAUAAACAAGAGGAAGAUCUUUCUGUAGAUAAAUGGGACGAGGAAGAUAUCGAAACACUAAAGAGAACCAUCAGGACAUUCAGUGAAGAACUCAAUAGCUUAUCGGAAAAUUUAAAAAAGAAAGCUAUAAGUAAUAUGAAACAAGGAAUGAAAAGACGUGUUAAUGCAUCCAAAGGAUUGACCCAUGUCACUAGUUCACCAAGUAAAACACCGAAGGUUGUUAAAUCAUCUGAUGCAUAAUUAAAUUCUGGCUUAAAAGUUGUACAAAAAAUUCUUUCCUUUCAUAUUUUCAGAAAAAUGUUUAUCAUAAACGAUCUCUCAACUGAUUCAAUUAACAUCCAUACCUUGUUUACUAUCCAAAUUUAAAACCAAAGUUUUUGUCUUAUGUUUAAUUAAAACAUGCAACUUAAAAUA